AUGCAACAUCGCGCAGAAAACUCUCAAAGGCAGUUAUGGGAAAUGCAGGAACGAGAGGAAAAUUCUCUAAGGCAGUUAAGAGAGACGCAGGAACGAGAGGGAAAUUCACAGAGGCAUUUGAGAGAGAUACAGCAACGAGAAGAAAAUUCACAAAGGCAUUUCAGAGAGAUACAGCAACGAGAAGAAAAUUCACAAAGGCAGUUGAGAGAGAUACAGCAACGAGAAGAAAAUUCACAAAGGCAGUUGAGAGAGAUACAGGAACGAGAAGAAAAUUCACAAAGGCAGUUGGGAGAGAUGCGGCAACGAGAAGAAAAUUCACAAAGGCAGUUCAGAGAGAUACAGCAACGAGAAGAAAAUUCACAAAGGCAGUUGAGAGAGAUACAGCAACGAGAAGAAAAUUCACAAAGGCAGUUCAGAGAGAUACAGCAACGAGAAGAAAAUUCACAAAAGCAGUUGAGAGAGAUACAGCAACGAGAAGAAAAUUCACAAAGGCAGUUGAGAGAGAUACAGCAACGAGAAGAAAAUUCACAAAGGCAGUUGAGAGAGAUACAGAAACGAGAAGAAAAUUCACAAAGGCAGUUGAGAGAGAUACAGCAACGAGAAGAAAAUUCACAAAGGCAGUUAAGAGAGAUACAGCAACGAGAAGAAAAUUCACAAAGGCAGUUGAGAGAGAUACAGCAACGAGAAGAAAAUUCACAAAGGCAGUUGAGAGAGAUACAGCAACGAGAAGAAAAUUCACAAAGGCAGUUGAGAGAGAUACAGCAACGAGAAGAAAAUUCACAAAGGCAGUUGAGAGAGAUACAGCAACGAGAAGAAAAUUCACAAAGGCAGUUAAGACAGAUACAGCAACGAGAAGAAAAUUCACAAAGGUAGUUGAGAGAGAUACAGCAACGAGAAGAAAAUUCACAAAGGCAGUUAAGAGAGAUACAGCAACGAGAAGAAAAUUCACAAAGGCAGUUGAGAGAGAUACAGCAACGAGAAGAAAAUUCACAAAGGCAGUUGAGAGAGAUACAGCAACGAGAAGAAAAUUCACAAAGGCAGUUGAGAGAGAUACAGCAACGAGAAGAAAAUUCACAAAGGUAGUUGAGAGAGAUACAGCAACGAGAAGAAAAUUCACAAAGGCAGUUGAGAGAGAUGCAGGAACGAGAAGAAAAUUCACAAAGGCAGUUGCAUGAGAGAGAUGCAGCAACGAGAAGAAAAUUCACAAAGGCAGUUGAGAGAGAUGCAGCAACGAGAAGAAAAUUCACAAAGGCAGUGGAGAGAGAUACAGCAACGAGAAGAAAAUUCACAAAGGCAGUUGAGAGAGAUGCAGCAACGAGAAGAAAAUUCACAAAGGCAGUUGAGAGAGAUGCAGCAACGAGAAGAAAAUUCACAAAGGCAGUUGAGAGAGAUGCAGCAACGAGAAGAAAAUUCACAAAGGCAGUUGAGAGAGAUGCAGCAACGAGAAGAAAAUUCACAAAGGCAGUUGAGAGAGAUGCAGCAACGAGAAGAAAAUUCACAAAAGCAGUUGAGAGACUGUGACUGGAUCAUUGCUCGCCACGAAAUUCUGAUGCCAGACAAAUGCCUUGGGAGGGGAGGUUGGGGAAGUGUUUAUGAAGGAGUAUAUUGUGGGUGUGCUGUAGCAGUGAAACAAAUCCAUGAUUUGAUGCUUUCUCCACAUAACAUACGCCUCUUUAAUAGAGAAAUGGAGAUUGCUUCAAAGUGUCAUCACCCUCAUUUACUACUGUUUAUCGGGGCCACAAAUGACAAAGAAAGCGCUCUGUUUGUAACCGAGCUCAUGGAAAACAAUCUGAGGACUCUGUUGGAGCAGCGGCAACUAUCUGAAAGAGAAAUACGAGCCAUUUCUUUGGACGUGGCUCGUGGACUUAAUUAUCUGUAUCAUAAAAAACCAGUACCCAUCAUUCACCGGGCUGUCAGCAGUGCUAAUGUGUUGCUAUGGCGACAGUUUGACCAAUGGAGAGGCAAAGUGUCAGAUUAUGGCACUUGUAAUUUCAUGCAACAGACCAUGACAGUGGCUCCUGGAGCUAUGAUUUACAGCGCACCUGAAGCACUUACAUCAAACCAAACAGUCAAGGUUAGUUUAAGUGAACAUUCAAGACUUUUUACUUACUAAAACUGUACACUGAAAGCUAACAGUGGCAGAAGUGAAAGUGACCUUUGUCCUUUCGCCCUCUUGUCCUGUCCGCAAACACUUCAACAUUCUUGAAUUAAAUAUGACCGUAUCUUUGUCAGGAGUCUUUGCACCUUGUUCGGCACUUUUUCCACUCUUUUAUGUUUUUCUCCAUGGAUUUGGUCCACGUAACUGGAUUUGAUAAUUUGUCCCUUCUUUUCUCUAAAGACAACGGUUAGAGGAUUGCAAAAGUUAGUAUUUUUAGAAACAAAACAAUAAAGCCAAGAACUUACCUUGAAGGCUUUUAAGGAUCUUCUCUUUUCUAGGCUUUUCUUAUCAUUUAUCGAUGAUCAUCUAUUUGGUUUGAAUUCUCGAGAUUCUCCCUUUGGUGUUACUUUAACUCUUUUUGUAAUCAGUAUACCACUAAUGAGUAAUGUAAAUAAAGAAUACUGUGGCAUAAAGUCAUGUAUUAUGAUUGUUUUUAGGUUGAUGUCUGCAGCUUUGAUGCUCUUCUCUGUGAAAUGUGCAUCCGGGAACUGCCAGAUCCUACAAGGCGAGAAGAACAAGUCGUGCUGGUAACGAACGCUGUGUUUCGCGGCCUGGUACGGCGAUGCCUGUUGAGAUAG